UCAACCCAUCUUUGUUUACCGGGAAAACGAGGCUUAGUAGCCGUAGUAACUUGUAUAAAGUGUGUGUUGUUGAUAAUUUCAGAAUGAAGAUAGCAGUUGAAGGAUGUGCUCAUGGGGAGCUUGAUAAGAUAUAUGAAACAAUAAGUUACAUAGAGCAACAAAAUGGAAUAAAGGUUGACCUUUUAAUCAUAUGCGGAGAUUUUCAAGCUGUGAGAAACCGUAGCGACUUGGAAUGUAUGGCUGUUCCGCCCUGCUACAGGAAGUUGAACACAUUUUACAAAUAUUAUUCAGGAGAGAAGAAGGCCCCUCUGCUUACUAUUUUUGUGGGAGGAAAUCAUGAAGCAUCAAAUUACUUAUCUGAACUCCCUUAUGGUGGCUGGGUUUGCCCAAACAUAUAUUACAUGGGUUUUGCUGGUGUUGUGAACUUUGGAGGCUUGAGGAUAGCUGGUCUUUCUGGAAUUUACAAAGGUGCAGACUACUUGAAAGUCUACGUAGUUUUUUUUAGAACAAGUGGAAUUAUCUUCUGUUCUCUUAAUAUAUGUCUAUACGAAGUGUCCGAAAAGUCUGGAACCAGCGGCACUUCAACAAACAUCACAGAAUGUGUUCCACAGUUGACCUUGUCAAUCAAAAACCAGUUUGGAGAUCUCAAAGAGCCCAUUGAUAUAUUUAUAUCUCAUGACUGGCCACGUGGUGUAUAUAAUUAUGGAAAUAAAGAACGUUUAUUGAAAGUGAAGAGGCAUUUCCGUGAAGAAAUGGAACAAAAUAAGUUAGGAAGUAGGCCAUCCGAGGAACUGCUCUUGAAACUCCAGCCUCGUUACUGGUUCGCUGCUCACCUUCAUUGUAGAUUUGCUGCAAUUAUACCUCAUGAGAGCAAUGAUGGAGGAACUAAAAAGUUCACUAAGUUUUUGGCACUUGACAAAUGUCUACCAAAGCGUAAUUUUCUACAGAUCUUAGACAUGGGGGAAACCAUCCAACCACUAGAAAUUCUGUAUGACAAAGAAUGGCUAAGUGUACUCCAUUCUACUAAUGGCCUUCUUGGACUUACUAGUGCUUCCAACUAUAUGCCUGGUCCUGGUUGUUCUGAGAGAUGGGAUUUUAGCCCAACAGAACAAGAACUACACGAACUAGAUGAAAAGUUUCAAGGACAGUAUAAAAUACCUCAGAAUUUUUGUCUCACGGCUCCCGUCCACGAUCACAAAUCUUCCAGAAAAAAAGUCCCAGAACCCGAAUCUUACAUAAAUCCCCAAACCACCCAAUUCUGCCAGAAAUUGGGCAUCACGGACCCACUGUCGGCAUUUCUUGCUAAGAGUCCUUCUGCCAACAUCAGCAUUCGGGAUUUCUCUUUCGUGGACGAAAGUGAAGGAAACGUGACAAACGUGUCGCAACCGUCAUUUAAUCCAGACGAAAUAACGUUAGACGAGGACGAGAGUAGCUCGAGUGACGUCGAUUUGUCGGAAGAACCUUCUUCGGUUAAUCCCGAAGAUGUUGCUGUCGAUGAAGAUGAUAUGUACAGAAGCUCCGCAAUGGAAAAUGAGUCUCCUGAUCCAAAAGACGAAGAGAUGGUUUUUUCAAGUUCUUCACAACUAGAAGAAGUCAACGAAUCUUUACCAUCAGAAAAAGACGUGUUUUUUCUUGAUACAAAAGGUUCUGGGCUGGAAGAAACCAAUCGCAUCACCAGCACUCCAGUGUCUAAAACAUCCAAGAAAAAUUCGCCAAUUUUAACUGACUUUCCUGAAUUUAAAGCAGAAUUGAAACGAAGCGUGCAAAGCGCAUCGGACGUUUCAGUCACGUCCAAUUCUACAUCGAUUCCCGUAAUGAAAAAAAUGAAACGCAGAAAUCAAGCAAUUUAUUCCGGCGCAGAAGAUGACGAGGAUUCUUAAAUACUUCUUUUUUUUACUGGCUGUGUCUGACUGGCAAAACCAUUAAUGUACAUACAGAAUGGGUUGGAAGUGUCUUACAAAUAGUACUUUUCUCUCUCAAAACAAAAAGUAAAAAAAACUACACGAAAAAAUAAUAAAUAGUUAUCAAAAUCCUCCUAAUGACUCCGGAAAACAAUGUCAACUUUUCACUAAAAUAGUAAACAAAUGUGAUUGAGAAUGUAUUUCCGAACAGUACUUCAGUGUUUAAUUGAUGGUCAAAAAUCUAGUUGUUUUUUUUUAUAUAUAACACAUUUAAUUGUUUGCUAAAGUUUUGCAAUUUGAAAAAUUUCAGUAUACAAAAAAACUACUACAUAUUACUACAAACCCCCUCCCAUAAGAUAACUACAGAUGUUUCUUGAGAAAAAGCUAUAUAAAAAUCGGUUUUAAGGAUGGCUUACAACAAUCUAAACAAAAAGUGGUUAAAGUAAAUUGAAUAAAUAGCAAAUUUUAAAAGUUUCAAAUUGGAGGUACAGUCAAGCAGUUUGUAAUACGAAUUGUAAUAUUUUGUUAUAAAGAUUAGGGGUGUUAUAUCAGACAUUUUUUGUAAUGUUACAACCAGAAAGCUUUUUUGUGGAAGUACCAGGAUUCCAACCUAUGAUCCCGGGAUUCGAAUCCUGAUAAUUCCACAAAAAGAAUAGGGUGUAUGGACUUGAAUAUGCAGUAAUGGAUGAGAACACUUUCAUUUAAUGGGCGAUUCACAAAAUAUGAUAUUUAAUUUCGUAUCUUAUAACAGUGUUAUUAAAGUGUCGUUGUGCAAAAACAUGACAUAAAGAAAUGGGAAAAAAGAGUGGAAAUGGUUGUUUUCAAGAUUUUGAUUGACAAUACUUGGUUUUUUGAGGACUAGUAACUCCACUUAUUUUUGCAAAUCGAUAAGCAGACCAGUUGAAAACCGUAUAAUGUUACAGUUUUCUGUAAUUUAUAGGCUUUAACCGCCAUGCUGUGGAAAAUCAUUUUUGGCUCGUGACUUGCUAACGUUUACGUUGGUUUAAUACAGUGGUGAUUGUGUAUUUAAUGUAAUGUGUUAAAAAUCCAAAUGACGAGCAGAAACACGUUUUUUUUU